AUGGCGGCGAUGGCGUGCCCUUGCCCGGGGCCUCGGUUCCCGUACCCGCCACCGCGAGCCGGGGCAGGGAUGGCCGUGCGCUGCAAGUGCCUGCGGGCGGAGCUCGGCGCGGGGCUGGUCGAGUCCAUGCGGGCGUCUUCGCCCACGCACACCAGGGCCGCCGCGGCCCUCGCCGCCAGCGUCGACGAGGAGCACGCCGCCUGGAUGGCGAGGCACCCAUCGGCGCUUGGCAAGUUCGAGGAGAUCGUGGCGGCGUCCAAGGGGAAGCAGAUCGUCAUGUUCCUCGACUACGACGGCACGCUGUCGCCCAUCGUCAAUGACCCCGACGCCGCCAUCAUGAGCGACACGAUGCGGAUGGCAGUGCGCAGCGUCGCCAAGCAGUUCCCGAUGGCGACCGUCAGCGGCCGGUGCCGCGACAAGGUGUUCGAGUUCGUCAAGCUGGCGGAGCUGUACUACGCCGGCAGCCACGGCAUGGACAUCAAGGGCCCGGCCAAAUCCUCCGUCGGACACGCAAAGUCCAACUCCAAGGCUAAAGGAGUUCUGUUUCAGCCAGCAAGCGAGUUCAUGCCCAUGAUCGAGCAGGGUUGGGCAGCGGUGGCGGAGACGGUGAAGUCCGUGGUGCGGGAGUACCCGAAGCAAGAGAAGAUAAACAUGCACGCCCCUUGCAAUUCUAGUUUAUUCAGUUUGCAAGCAAGAGAUCGAUGAUAAAAAAAACUCUACAAAACAGUACGA